GUCAAAUGCAGAGCUGCCAGAUUUUGCCGGGUUGCCCGGCACGGUAGGCCGACGCAUGCGCUUACGAGUUGAAAUACAGUAACGUAUCACAAAUCUGUAGACUCUUGUGACUACACACUCAGGUGUGCGUGGAUAAGUAGAGAGUAGAAUGUUCACAUAAUGAUAAAAAGUACACAUUUUUCUGUAAUUAAGAAAAAUAUUUUAUUUGGCAAAAAUACUACUGAGAUAUCCUCUGUACUGAGAGUACUGGGCCCGCCAAAAUUAAGCGCCCAUAAUACACAUAACUGUAUUUGCCAUCCAUUACACAUGCGCGGCUUGACCCAUGGCGGGGGGUCUGGCAGCACUGGUCAAAUGUGCCAUGCCUGGGUAUACCAGGCCCAGUGCAAGAACAUCCGCGGUCACGAGUUCUCCCCAGGAGCAGAGCGUCCUCGGAGCGGAGGAAAAACGGAGGAAGAGAGAGUCGUCUGCUAGAUUGUACGGCCGCCGAGAGGGUGGUUCACUUGCUGUCCGUGAUGCCGAACAUAAUAAAUGACAUAAAACUGGACUUCAAGGAUGUGCUACUACGCCCGAAGCGGAGCACGCUGAAGAGUCGAUCGGACGUAGACCUCUUCAGAGAGAUCACAUUUCGCAAUUCUAAACAAACAUACAGAGGAAUCCCCGUCAUGGCCUCUAACAUGGAUACAGUCGGAACGUUUGAAAUGGCAAAGGCUUUAUCAAAGCAUGGUCUUUUUACUACGGUUCAUAAAUAUUAUACCGCAGAUGAGUGGAAAGACUUUGCCGCGCUAAAUCCGGAUUGCAUAAAGAAUGUAGCGGCCAGCUCGGGGACAGGAAACGAAGAUUACGAGCGACUAUCGAGCAUUUUGGAAGCUGUGCCGGAGUUGUCAUUUAUUUGCCUAGAUGUUGCGAACGGAUAUUCGCAACAUUUUGUGGAAUAUGUGAGAAAAGUAAGAGCACGAUAUCCAAACCAUACUAUAAUGGCAGGCAAUGUUGUGACAGGAGAAAUGGUGGAGGAACUGAUACUUUCCGGAGCGGAUAUAAUUAAAGUAGGAAUUGGUCCAGGUUCCGUGUGCACGACACGGAUGAAAACUGGCGUCGGUUAUCCGCAAUUGAGCGCCGUAAUCGAAUGUGCGGACGCAGCACACGGUUUAAAGGGCCAUAUUAUCGCCGACGGCGGGUGUACUUGUCCCGGAGAUUUAGCGAAAGCAUUCGGUGCUGGAGCAGACUUUGUUAUGGCAGGUGGAAUGUUCGCGGGCCACGAUGAAUGUGGCGGCGAAAUUAUAGAAAAGAAUGGAAAAAAGUUGAAGCUCUUUUACGGGAUGUCUUCCAACACGGCCAUGAAGAAACACGCCGGUGGUGUUGCAGACUAUAGAUCUUCGGAGGGAAAAACUGUCGAAGUGCCUUAUAGAGGUUUGGUCGAGAACACUGUGUUGGAUAUCCUGGGCGGCCUAAGAUCCGCUUGUACUUACACAGGAGCCGAACGUUUACGUGAAUUGCCACGACGAGCGACAUUUAUACGCUGCACACAACAAUUAAAUCCUAUGUACGGACCACCCCCAGAAAUGUAAAGCUUAUAAUUAUAAUUAAAUUGUGCUCCUUAGUAAAAAGCUUAGGAAAGAAAGUUUUAACGCCAAUAUUUUGAUCGUGUAUUAUUUGCUGGCAAAUAAUAUUUAUAUAUGGAAUGAAAAUGCAAUCUUGUAAAAUAUUUACUAAUGUAUCGUGUAAUGUUUAUGUAAAACGAAUAAUCCUUAAGUAUGCUCAAAAGUGGAAAACGUUAUAGAAUAAUCCUUCAUGCACAAAUAAAGAAUUUCGUUACAUUAA